UUAAAGUUAAAAAAAUAAAAAAAUAAAAAUAUUAGCUCUCCAAAAUUUGAUGAACACUAAUUGAUCGCUGCGACCGCACCAUAGGUCCAUAAGCUCUGCUUCUCUGUGUCUGUCUAAAACACGAAUUGAGGUUCUUCAAUGGCGACCAGAUACUGGGUGGUUUCUCUUCCUGUUCAAGGUUCGGCAUCGGCUGUUUGGAACAAUCUUCAAGACCAGAUUUCCAAGCAUUCCUUCGACACCCCAAUCUACAGAUUUAAUAUACCUAAUCUCCGUGUUGGAACCCUGGAUUCUCUCCUCUCCCUCAGCGACGAUCUCUUAAAGUCAAACAACUUUAUGGAAGGUGUUUCUCACAAGAUCAGGAGGCAGAUCGAGGAACUAGAGAGGAUUUCGGGAGUUGAGAGCAGCGCUCUGACUGUUGAUGGAGUUCCGGUUGAUUCAUAUCUUACCAGGUUUGUUUGGGAUGAAGCCAAGUAUCCGACCAUGUCACCUUUGAGGGAGAUCGUGGAUAGCAUUCAUGGUCAAGUGGCGAAGAUUGAGGAUGAUCUUAAAGUGCGAGUGGCCGAGUAUAACACUGUACGCAGUCAACUUAAUGCUAUUAAUAGAAAGCAAAGCGGAAGCUUAGCAGUUCGUGAUCUUUCCAAUCUAGUUAAACCAGAGGAUAUAAUUACCUCAGAACAUCUGGUGACCUUGCUUGCAGUUGUUCCCAAGUACUCGCAGAAAGAUUGGUUAUCAAGCUACGAAACAUUGACCAACUAUGUGGUGCCCAGGUCGUCCAAGUUGUUGUUUGAAGACAAUGAAUAUGCUCUUUAUACUGUAACACUAUUUGGACGUGUUGCGGACAAUUUUAGAACAAGUGCACGUGAAAGAGGAUUCCAAAUUCGUGAUUUUGAAUAUAGUCCAGAAGCGCAAGAGAGCCGCAAACAGGAGCUAGAAAAAUUAGUUCAAGACCAAGAAAGUUUGAGGAGCUCUCUUCUGCUAUGGUGCUAUACCAGUUAUGGAGAGGUUUUUACCUCCUGGAUGCACUUUUGUGCUGUACGUAUCUUCGCGGAGAGCAUUCUGAGAUAUGGUUUGCCACCAUCAUUCUUGGCAAGCGUUUUAGCUCCAAGUGCGAAAGGUGAGAAGAAAGUUCGCUCAAUUCUUGAAGGUUUGUGUGACAGCACAAACAGCACAUUUUGGAAAACUGAAGAUGAAGUUGGUGGAGGGAUAGCUGGUCUAGCAGGAGAUACUGAUGCCCAUCCAUAUGUCUCAUUCACAAUUAAUCUUGUCUAAUUAGAACUAAAUCUCAUAUGCCCAUCCAUUUUGAAGCCUGUUAGUAUUUAUAAGCAUAUUCUUUGGUUGUUUAUUUAUAAAUUGCAGCUUUGGGAUUUGUGAGGGUUAAGUGGAAUGUAAGAUGUAAACUUUGUGGGAUGACAAAGUUUGACAAUGUGAAACUUGUACCUAAGAUUUAUUUCUCUGAGGUUUCAAUUGAUGACACCCGUAAAAGCAUAAAAGGAUUGUCCUUGUUGUAUUCUUCAAUAAGUUAUCGAAUCGAGUUUCAAGACCAUGAAUCUUACUGAGUUA